AUGAGUGAGAAUGGAGUGUUGGAGGAGGAAGAAUCCUACGUGCCGCAGGUAGAUGACAGAUCAGAGUGGGAUGUUUAUCCACAAACAAUGUUCAAAUUUGAACACAACACAACUAAAGUUGGAAGAGGGUUGAUUUUUAGGCUAUCGGAUGAUAUCCUCGAAAAAAGAGUAAAGACUUACGCCGUUAGUGGCAUGAGAAUCACUGUAUGCGGUGUAAUUUUAUCUCACAGAAAGGGAUUUCCAUUCGUUCUUUUACUAAAGAGAGAUUUGGAUAAAAGUGUUGGAUUAUUAGGCGGUAAAUGUAAAAGCUUCGAGAAUCCUAAAGAAGUUUUAUCUUCUAAAUUAGCCAGAUUCAUAACAUCAACUAAGCACAAACAUCAAUUAAACAUCAAAGAGACUAUUGAAACUAUACAAGUGGGAGAAUUGUUGGCGGAUUUCUGGCGAUGUGACUUCAACACUGAACCACUACCGUACCUUCCAUUACAUACAAAUAGACCAAAAGAAAAGAUUUCAUUAUACCAGGUUGUACUUCAAGAAAGUUGUAAAAUUAGUGUACCUAAAGGUUAUAGUUUAAAAUUUGUUCCUUUAUAUGACUUUUACAAUCCCGAAUUCGGGUUAUCGCUGGGAUCUCUUCCACACCUUUUAAGCAGAUUCAAAAUAUCAUACUUAUCAACUGAUUGA